CAGUGAAAGGGGAAGUGUCUCUGGCACUCCCACUCAAGAUGAUAAGUCUGGCCGAAAACGAAGCGAGGACAAGAGCAAUAGCAUCUGCAUUUUAGUAUGAAUAACGAUUAAAGACAAAAAACAUGUGGUUGAAGGCGGUAAUUCUAGUUCCACUGAUUUUUGCCCAAUACGCGGCGUCCACUUGCGGAGUGUGUCAGACGGUCAGCCAAACGGCGUGCCAUAGUGAAAACACCUUUUCCGCAUGCAUGUCAGGAGUCCCACUAAGUGAUAUAAUUAACUGCCCGCCCAAUUACUUUUGCACCGAUGGUAAGUACACUUGCUAUGAGAAUGCUGACCCAGUAUGCAAAGCGGAUGAAGCAAGCACAACAGUGAAGCCUUGGACUGCUGAGGAAGGCUGCCAGCAAGCCACAAAAUCGGGCUUUCAAACAAACGAAAAUGAUCCCACAUGCACUACUUACCUGUAUUGCUCAGUCGCAGCGGAUGGCACUUUCGAAAGCGCUACAAUCAUGAAAUGCAAAUCUAACCAAUACUAUGAUGCGUCCUUACCAGGAUGUACGUCCACAAAACCCGAUGGGUGUACUGCAGUGGCAACCGAACCACCGACAACCACUCAAAAACCUUGGAGCGCUGCGGAAACCUGCCUAACAGUGACAAAAUCUAGUACAUUUGUGAACGAAGAUGAUCCCACAUGCGCCACCUACCUUUUCUGUUAUGUUUCAAAUGGAGUAGCUACGCCGCUGAUCAAAACUUGUCCAGCAGCGAUUCCCUACUUUGAUCCGAUAACGCAAUGCAGUGCCACGAAACCAGACAAUUGUACAUAAAAAUACGGUUUCAAUUAUAUUUUUGUACCCAGUUGGGUAUUGAUGUAUC